CACUGAUCUUGAGAUUCUUAAUGAGAAAGAACUACUGAAAGAGAAAGAUUUUUAUGAUAAUCUCAAUAUGAAGGAAAUAUCGGCUAGUGAUUAUCAGCAUGCAAAAGAGGUUUGGGAUUUAUUUUCUUGUUCCACUCUUCUAGAUUAUCAUACUCUGUAUAUGGAACUGGAUGGGACUCUUUUAGCGGAUAUUUUUGAGAAUUUUCGUACUCAGUGUCUAUAUGUAUAUGGACUCGAUCCAGUCUAUUUUAUGACUGCACCAAGUCUAAGCUGGGAAGCAUGUUUGAAGAAGUCCAAAGUCAAAUUACAGAUUAUUACUGAUCCGGAUAUCAACCUCUUCAUAGAUAGUGCAAUGAUUGGAGGGGUGAGUAUAGCAAGAAAUCCAUAUUUGAAAGCCAACAACGAGAUGGUACUAGAUUAUGAUGAAACUAAAGAAAAAACAUGGUUGAUCAACGUAGAUUGUAAUAACCAGUAUGGAUACAGUAUGAGUAAAUAUCUACCAACUGGUGAUUUUAGAUGGGUUGAAGAUCCGUCAAAGUUUAUGAAGGAAUACAUCUUAGCUUUAAAAGAAGAUGGUUCAUCAGGUUUCUACUUAGAAGUUGAUCUUGAGUAUCCAAAGCAUCUACAUGAAGAGCAUGAUCAAUAUCCUCUAGCGCCUGAGCACUACACUAUAAAGUCAUCUGAUCUUAGUGAAGAGCAGAUCAAAUUAUCAGCUGAUCUGAAUAUAAAAAUAGGGAAACAGACCAAGCUUUGUUUAACUCUAAAAAAGAAACUUAAAUAUAAACUCCAUUAUACUAAUCUACAACAGUGUUUAAAACUAGGAUUAGUUCUCACUGCAGUUCAUCGAGUAUUAGUAUUCAGACAGUCUCCAUGGAUGAAACCUUAUAUUGAUCUUAAUACAAGAAUAAGACAACAAGCUAUCUGUAAAGCUGAUGAGGAAUUGCCCAAAUUGAUGAACAAUUCAUGCUACGGCAAAACCUGCGAGGAUGUGAGGAAGUAUUCAACUGUGUCUAUUAUAUGUGGAGAAGAUAAAGUUAAGAAGAUUCAGAGUAAACAAAAUUCCGUUUUCUUUGAAAGAGUAAAAGUAUAUGGUGAAUUUUCUGCCGCUGUCUUAUGCAGAAAAAAGAAAGUUACUUUGGACAAACCUCGGUAUGUGGGUGCUGUGAUCUUAUCAAUCAGCAAAGUUGUGAUGUAUGAAUUCAAUUAUGAUUGGAUUCUUCCAAACUUUCCAGGAAUGAAGCUGGGUUUUACAGAUACAGAUUCCUUUAUGUAUCUACUACCAUGUGAAACCAAUAUCUACAGUAAACUUCAAGAACUUGAUGUUGGACGGUUGUGGAUGGACUUCUCCAAUUAUCCUCCAUCACAUCCUCAGUAUUCUGCAGUCAAUCAUCUAAUUCCAGGAAAAUUUAAAGAUGAAGGAGCUGGAUCCGCAUUUAGCGAAGGUGUCUUUCUUAGGUCCAAGAUGUAUUCUAUAUUGAACAUCAAAUCAUGUCUGAAUAAGACAACUGCUAAGGGUGUAACACGAAGUGCUAAAGAACGAAAUCUUAAGCACAUCAACUAUGUGAAAACUGUACAAUCCCCUGCAGUUGUGAGUAAACUUGAUAUUCAUAGAAUAUUACACUCCAGUCAUACGUUGUAUACAGUCAAACAGACUAAAUCUGGAUUAUCAGCCUUUAAUGAUAAAAUCCAUAUUACUAAGAAUAAUGAUGAAUUCAUUGCUCAUAGUUUUGGAUACUCUCCAUAAUUGUAGAUUAUCAUUGAAGAGUGUAAAGUAAACAUAUUAUACUCUGCAUAUUGU